AUGAUGUGGUCCAAGCUUCGCGAGUACGUAGCGCUCCACGAGCGUGACGACGCCGGCGCUUGCGGUGUCGGUGGCGAGGUCUGGCCAGCUGCCUCGGCGCUGUGCGAAUGGCUCGGAAACCAUUCCGCUGAGGUGUGCGGCUCCCGCAUCCUCGAGCUCGGGAGCGGCACAGGCGCCUGCGGACUGUACGCGGCGGCCCUUGGGGCGGCGUCCGUGCAGCUGACCGAUGGCGGGCCGGUGGAGCUGAUCAGCCUCGCGAGAGCGAACAUCCUCCGUAAUCGCCACCUCUUUCGCGCCGGCAGCAGCGUAGAGGCUCGCCGCCUCCGCUGGGAGGAGCACUCGCCCCUUCCGCGAGACGCGGACCUGAUCAUCGCCUCGGAUGUUUGGUACCGCCACGCAGACGGCGCGGCGAAUGCGGCGCUCGCCCGCACGCUGCGAGAGCUGCUCGACCAGCCGCCGAAACCCCGCGCCAUCGUCGCGCACGAGCACCGCAGCAGAGAGGCGCCCUUCGAUGCGACGUUGCCGCGGUGGGACGCCGACGACGAGCUCCUCGAGGGGUUCGCGGCUGCGGCCCGGGAGCACGGGCUGCGGCUGGAGGGCUUGUGGUCGAGGAGGCCGCGCUGCCAUGUGCGAGGCAGCUUCCGGUCGUGGGACGCCGAUGUGUCGAUUGUCGAGGUGUUCGCGAUCCAGACGCCGCCGACGGGUGAGUGA